AUGCAGCCAGCAAUGAUGAUGUUUUCCAGCAAAUACUGGGCCAGGCGGGGCCUUUCUCUGGAUUCAGCCGUGCCCCAGGAACAUCCUCUCCAUGGCAACAUAACCCUUAAUAGAACCAAUUCUGGUAAAAAUGAUGAUAAAAAGGGUAACAAAGCUGCAGGCAAGAAUGAAUCAACAUCUGAAGGUGGGAAGACAGCUGUGGUGUUUUCUUUGAAAAAUGAAGUUGGUGGCUUGGUAAAGGCUCUCAGACUUUUCCAGGAAAAACAUGUGAGUAUGGUUCACAUUGAAUCAAGAAAAUCCAAGAGGAGGAGUUCAGAGGUAGAAAUUUUUGUGGAUUGUGACUGCACCAAGAAAGAAUUCAAUGAACUCAUCCAGCUGUUAAAGUAUGAAACAAACAUUGUAACUCUGAAUCCACCGGAAAACAUCUGGACUGAUGAAGAAGAGCUUGACUGUGUCCCUUGGUUCCCCAGGAAGAUUGCUGAAUUAGAUAAAUGUUCACAGAGAGUUCUAAUGUAUGGCUCCGAACUGGAUGCAGAUCACCCUGGUUUUAAGGACAACGUCUAUCGACAGAGAAGAAAGUAUUUUGUAGAUAUUGCCAUGAGUUAUAAAUAUGGCCAGCCAAUCCCUAGAGUGGACUAUACACCCGAAGAAAUAAAAACUUGGGGAGUAGUUUUCCGAGAACUUACUAAACUCUAUCCGACUCAUGCCUGUCGAGAAUAUUUGAAGAACUUCCCUUUGCUGACAAAGCACUGUGGCUACAGAGAGGACAAUGUCCCUCAGUUGGAAGAUGUCUCUAUGUUUCUUAAAGAAAGAUCUGGUUUCACAGUCAGACCAGUUGGCGGAUAUCUCUCACCUCGUGACUUCUUAGCGGGCCUUGCUUAUCGUGUUUUCCAUUGUACCCAAUACAUACGCCAUGGCUCUGAUCCCCUCUACACGCCUGAACCGGAUACAUGCCAUGAACUCCUGGGACAUGUGCCUCUGCUUGCUGAUCCCAAAUUUGCCCAAUUUUCCCAGGAAAUUGGCUUGGCUUCCCUGGGCGCUUCGGAUGAGGAUGUCCAAAAACUUGCCACUUGCUAUUUUUUCACCAUUGAAUUUGGCCUUUGUAAGCAAGAUGGGCAGCUACGGGCUUAUGGAGCUGGUCUUCUGUCUUCCAUUGGAGAACUCAAGCAUGCUCUGUCUGAUAAAGCCAAUGUGAAAACAUUUGAUCCAAAGACAACCUGUUUGCAAGAAUGCCUUAUCACAACUUUCCAGGAAGCAUACUUUGUCUCAGAAAGUUUUGAAGAAGCAAAAGAAAAGAUGAGGGACUUUGCAAAAUCAAUCAACCGUCCCUUUUCUGUAUAUUUCAACCCAUACACCCAAAGCAUUGAAAUUCUGAAAGACACCAGAAGUAUUGAAAAUGUUGUCCAGGAUCUUCGGAGUGACCUCAACACAGUGUGCGAUGCUUUAAGCAAAAUGAAUAGAUAUUUGGGGAUAUGAUCUCUUCAGUGCCAUAGCUUUGUAGCAUAGCUAACUCAGCACUGUUAUGAGAUGCAAUUGCCUCUUCAGCACUGCCUGUUCUCUCUCUAUUGCAUGGCCGUUGCACUUGCUCAGUGUGUCAUUCUAUCUAGCUGUAGCUUCUGCUAUGUCAGUGCUAAUACGCAAAUUCACAUAGAAAUGGAACAUACAUUAUCUCCCUGUUUGGUUACAUCUCUGUCUCAUCACAAGGUGAGAUUAGGAAGUUCACAGGGCAACUUAAAACCAAUCAGAUUUGCAAAUCUUUCAAUAAAAUGAUAUAUUAAAGCCAAAAAGCAUUACAACUAAUAGAAAAGAAUAGCAGUUGUAACC